CCACAUGAAGCCACAGCCUCCAGUGACAUCACAUCAUGUCAUGCUGUGCCACUGUGAAGACUCACACAGUUCAGGAAAAACCAGUUUGGAGACAUUCUGUUUAUAACCAUCCCUCCUCCUUGUUUUUCUGUCCUCCUCUUGCUCUUUUGUGUUUUAUAUAUAGCCUGACUGACAGUAUCUUCAGAUGGUUUGAUUGAUUCUACUGCAGGUCAUGUACUACUCUAAGUCUUUCUCAGUCCUCAACGAGAGUUUGAGACCUCGAAUCACCACCAAUGAACCGCUCUACUCCUCUCUGAACAGACUGGAGGACAGGCAGUCGGGUUCGCUCAGGAACAAAUCAUCAUUUUACCGACCAACAGUUUUGCCAACAGAACCGCAACCAAAGAUCUCUGUGAUCACAACAGAACCAGAAGAUCCAGAGGAACCUGAAGACAAUGCAGAGCAGGAGGAUGUGGUCUCUGAUGGCCAAGACAAAGGAAACUGUGCUGAUCUGCUACCCUUUAACAACUCAUGCCUCAUCAGUGAAUUCAAUUUAAAAGAUGUGGAUGAAGAGGAACUGGUUGAGGAGAAAGACAUUCCAGGUGAGCUGACCUCAGAGGGGACAGGUGAUUCAGUAGCCGGUGGAAGUGGGAGCUCCUUUCAGAGGAACUACACAGAUGGAACUUUACCAGACCUGAUCAGGAGCGGCAGGCUGCUCUGCAGACGCCAGACACUGGGACACGUCUCAGAGACGCUUAAAGAAGUGCGCAGAGAAGUGGAGCUGUCUCGGAGACGAAGUAUCAAGCUUAAGGCCCAGGUGGACAAGCUACAGGAGAGCAGAGAAGGACUGGGAUGGAGCCAACACAGAGAGAGGGUCACAGAGGAGGUCCUGUCCGUUCUGCGGCUGCUGCACCCGCUGACAGAGCCAGAGUCCAUCCCACCUGAACCCUCUCAUGGGGAAAACUGCCUGGACGCAGCCCUGGUCCAACUGCAAGAUGUGGCCCGGAAACUGGCAAUCACCCAGACUUAUCAGGUCAAAUCUGGAAAAGGAGCAGAGGACAGUGCUAUUCUGCAGCAGGCGCUGCGGGACAGAGAUGAGGCCAUAGAGAAGAAGAAGGCGAUGGAGGCCGAGCUGCUGCGGAGUAAAACAGAGAUGAUGUUGCUGAACAACCAGCUGCUGGAGGCUGUACAGAAACGUCUGGAGCUGUCGCUGGAGCUCGAGGCCUGGAAGGAGGACGUUCAGCUGAUCCUCCAGCAGCAGCUGCAGAGUCAGCAGCAGGCAGAGCAGGCCCAGAAGAAGCCCUCCCGCCUGGGCAUCCUGAGAAGAAACAACAGACCGCCCAUCCAGCGGCCGUCCAACAUCCAUUUGUCUACACCCACAACCAACUCAAACCAGAUCUUCAUCCCCAAAUCUGCUGGUUCUGCUGCUCCGAUUCCCAGCACACCUUCUUCUACCGGCACCCAACGCAACUGGAUGGACAAGCUGAGGAGGGGCAAGAAAGACCAGGAUGCAUCGGGGCAGGAUUCAGAGUUGGGCAGGGGUGACAAUGGCUUCCAGAUCGUAUCACUCGAUUGAAACUGUGAUGACUUUGAGUACAUUCAUUCUGAUGCACAACUCCCAUGUUUAACAGUUUAAAGUCCCCCUCCACUCAAAAAUGUGUUUUGCUUCUUGUCACUUGGUUGUUUGACCUUCACUGUGCAGAAUGAUGAAACUUACAAAUUACUUACAGCUCUGGUGCACAUACACAGAAAAUAGACAUUUCUUUGAAUUAGGAGACAUAUUGUGUCCAUUUACACUUUUGAAAUGAACAAUAUUUACAUAUUCAUAGAUUCUGUAUUUUUCAAUGAGGGAGGAAUUUUUUAACGAGGCAAUUUAACUUUUUUGUAGAAGAAAAAUGUAUCAGAUACAAACUACUAUUCCAAGCAGAGUAUUUUGUAUAUGUCUUAAAACAUGUCUGGAGGGGAUCUUUAAUGGGAAAACAUGCUUUGGAUCUUUGACUAGUGUCACUUUAUGUAUGAAAUAUAACUGAUUAUGAAUGAGCCAUGCACUUUUUUUUAAUACUGUAACACUUGAAUACCUUAUACUUAAUUUCCAGAAUAUUGUUAGUUGUAAAUAAAUGAAAUUCUCAUGCAAAAGCUCCUUCAAAACUC